AUGGUCUCCGGUAGCUGUUUUUGCGGACAAGUCCGAGUCGAGUGCAACGGGCUUCUCACAUCUGCCCUCUGCCACUGUACCGGCUGUCGCAAGCUCACCGGAACGCUGUACACAUACAGCUUCGUGGUCAAGACUGCCGAUCUAACGGUCAUCGGGACGCCGAAGGAAGUAGCCAAAACAGCCGACAGCGGCAACCACAUCAAGAACUAUUUCUGCUCGAAUUGCGGUAUGUACUGCCGUUCACCCUUUUUGGGUUACGACCAAAGCCUGCAACGCCGACAGAUGGUUGACCACUAUUCCAGGAACUCCACUAUACGGGCACAAGGUGAAGGAUACGGGAGAACCCGAGGACAUCACCAUCCUGCGGGCGGGAAUCCUGGAUGA